AUGUCGUCGGUAUCUUCCGACAUUUCUGGUCUUGCUGAUAUUUCGUUUCGUAAGGAGAGUAUUUGUGAAGAACCGUCACCAGUCGACCUAGAGGUCAAUGAAGCGAUUGCACUUCAUCGCUCUCAGGUGCCCAGAUGUACAAGAGUGGAAGAGAUCGUGGCUGGUAUUACACAUUGCAAAAAUCGUCUAAAGGAAUGCAUGAACGAAAAGAACUCACCUGUGAAACAAAUGUAUCUUGACAAGAUUGUUCAGCUGAGUCUGGAAAAACAAACCUUGGAGGAAAAUGGUGCGAAUGGUGAAGAUACGGUAAUCAAAAUGCUUGGCCAUGAGUUUGCUCUCCAACGUAGCUCUGGCCGUCGUAACCCUUAUUGCGAAGUAUGUAUGAGUACAAUCUGGCGAAUGGUCCAGUCAUGGCGACGAUGUAAAGCAUGCGGUAUGCGAGCCCACGACAAGUGUGCAACUGAGGUGCAUCGAGUAUGUGCGGGUGUUGUCGCCUCUCGUCGAGAUUUCCGGCUGGCGUUGGCCAUCUGCGAGGAAAGGGGCCUAUGUGCGCAGGACUACGCUUGUGCCGAAUGUGAGACUCCGCUAGCUUACGAGGGCUGUGCCAAUAUGCAGCCUCGUCUCUGUGAAUAUACCGGAAUGUUGUUUUGUUCGAAUUGUCACUGGGGUGAUACCUGGUCAAUCCCAGCAAGAAUUAUUCACAAUAUGGACGCAAGACCACGGCCGGUUUGUCGUGCCGCAAAGCAGUUAUUGGCUAUUGUGGAUAAUAGACCAUUAAUUGACUUGUCUGAGGCACAUUCAUCCCUUACUAAAUACCACAAGGAACUGCGAAGGGUGCAGCAACUGCGACGGAACUUUUUAUUGAUGAAAUGUUAUUUUGUCAGCUGUCGG